ACAACACUGGGCGGAGGAAACCAUUUGCACAUCAGAGGAAAACUAUGGCUGACAAUGUUGAAGAAAAAACAAAUGUUGAAACUCAGGAUGAAGUGAAAGAAGAGACAAAAGUAGAAGAAAAGAAAGAAGAGGCACCUUCAGAGGCACAAGUAGAGGAAAAAAAGGAAGAAGCCCCCUCAGAGGCACCAGCAGAAGAAACAAAGGAAGAGGUCCCAUCAGAGCCACAAAUAGAAAAGAAGGAAGAAGUACCUAUAGAGGAAAAUAAGGAAGAGACACCUUCAGAAGAAAAGGAAGAUGCACCAGCAGAGUCACAAGUGGAAGAAAAGAAGGAAGAGGCACCAGUACAGCCACCAGUGGAAGAAAAGAAAGAAGAGGCACCCUCAGAGGCACAAGUAGAGGAAAAGAAGGAAGAAGCACCUUCAGAAGAAAAAGAAGAGGCACCUUCAGAGUCACCAGUUGAGGGAAAGAAAGAAGCCCCAUCAGAGGCGCCAGCAAAAGAAACAAAGGAAGAGGUCCCAUCAGAGCCACAAAUAGAAAAGGAAGAAGAGGUACCCGUAGAGGAAAAGAAGGAAGACGCACCUUCUGAAGAAAAGAAGGAGGCACCAGCAGAAGAACCAACAGAAGAAAAAAAGGAAGAGGAACCCUCAGAGUCACCUUCUGAACCAACAGUUGAGGAAAAAGAAGAAGCCCCAUCAGAGGCACCAGUGACAGAAACAAAGGAAGAGGCCGCAUCAGAACCACAAGUAGAAAACAAGGAAGAAGAGGUACCCGUAGAGGAAAAGAAGGAAGACGCACCGUCUGAAGAAAAGAAGGAGGCACCAGCAGAAGAACCAACAGAAGAAAAAAAGGAAGAGGAACCCUCAGAGUCACCUUCUGAACCAACAGUUGAGGAAAAAGAAGAAGCCCCAUCAGAGGCACCAGUGGCAGAAACAAAGGAAGAGGCCCCAUCAGAACCACAAGUAGAGGAGAAGAAGGAAGACGCAGCUUCAGAAGAAAAGGAAGAGGCACCAGCAGAGGAACCAGCAGAAGAAAAGGAGGAAGAGGCACCUUCUGAACCACCGGUAGAGGAAAAUAAGGAAGAGGCACCUUCUGAAGCACCAGUAGAGGAAAAUAAGAAAGAGGCACCAGUAGUGGAAGAAACAGAAGAGGCACCGGCAGAAGAAAAGAAAGAAGAGGCAUCUACAGAAGAAAAGGAAGAAGCACCUUCAGAGGGACCAGCAGCAGAAGAAAAGGACGAAGAGACACCACCAGAAGCACCAGUAUUAGAAACAAAAGAAGAGGCACCCUGUGAAGCACCUUCAGAGGAAAAGAAAGAAGAGGCACCAGUAGAGGCACAAGCAGAGGAAAAGGCAGAAGCGACACCUGCAGAAGAAAAGAAAGAAGAAGUACUUUCAGCAGCGCCAGCAGACGAAAGGAAGGAAGAAGCACCAGAGGAAGAAGUUGAUGCUGCACCAAGGGUUGAAGCAGCAGCCAAUCCAGAAACAAAAACAAAUGAAACCACUCAAGAAACUCUGCAGUGCUGUGCUGAAAUGGAAAAAAAACUAGCAGCCCAUGAGGAAAGAAUUUCGAAAUUAGAAAAAAUACUUGAGGAGUUGCAAGCUAAGUAAAGCCAGAGAUUAAAAUUGGAUUGGCUGAUAUUGAGAGUGAUUUGUUUAAAUAAUCCAGAGAUAUAGGGACUGAAAAAAAUUAAAAGAAUUUACAAUGAUUAUUUGGCAGCUACAGAUAAUAGAUGUAUGAACAUAUAAAGAACACAGGAGUUAAAUAGUGGUUCUCUGCUAUUGAGGGAAAGUGAAAGGUAACCAUAUCAUGAACUGAGAUACCCAUGAAAAAAUGUGUGUUGUGGUGAAGAUACUGAAUAAUACACAGCCCAAUUUCUUCAUUGCCUCCAUCACCAUCAGAAUGAUCCAGGGUUGGUCAUGUGUGUCAAUAGGGAAGAAAUGUGUUAACUUCAUAUUGGAUUUUGCAAAGAACUGUGACAAGGAAAAUAAUAAAACAUAAAUUAGAAUGAAUAAAUGAGUAGAAAUCGAAUACACUUACCCAUUUCUAUGGUUCCCGCAGUUAGACAGCUUGCAGCCAAAAACAGUAAAAUAUCUAACAAAAAUCUUCAAAACAAUCUUCCCAGUAAAAUUAAUUGAGUCCAACAAUAUAACCAUACAUUUAAAAAAACAAAACGUGUUUUGAGAACAGGAGAGGUAAAAAGCUGAUUUUAACAUAUGCGAGUUUCACCCCAAACGCCCUCUACAGUUUAAUUUUCUAUCCCACAAUUCUUUGCAGAAUCCAAUAUGGAGUUAACUCAUUUCUUCCCUAUAACCUUCUAUGAAGACUGACAAUGAGGAAAUUCUAUCACUACACUCUAUCUAGUAUAGCAUGUACAUAUAUGUAUAUAUACCGGUAUGUGCAUAGACAAUGCAUACGAGGGUCAAUUGAACAGUAUUUUCAACUGCUUGUUUUCGCUGUUGAUCUUGAUAAACAAUACAUAAACAUUAAGAAUUCUGUUCAAAAUUUUUAAAAUGUUUGUCUAUACUUGUGAAUAUCUUAUGUACUGUUGUACAAAUACUUUUCUUUGAUUCAACUCUCAAUGUGUCAAGCUAGGAACAGGGAGGAAAUGAGAUAAUAAUUGAUCUGUGAUUCAGACAUUCUUUAAAGUUACUAAGUAUGCUACUAUAACAACCUAUACAUCAUCUGAAAGCUUAGAUACAGGCAAUUACGAUAGUGCUAGCUGUAUCAUUGCUGGUCCUAUGAAUUACCCGAUGACCAAUUUUGCUAUUGUACUUUUUUCGUAUUCCGACUAAUUAUAGCACUCUUUUUUAACACUUUCAGUCAAGUGAACGAUUUGUGAAUUGCACAGGACGUUUGAAACGUUGUAAGGCUAGAUAAUCGCAUAUUGAUUUUUCUGUAUCUACCUUUUGUUUUUUAGUUCAAGUAACAUGUCUAUAGUUAAAUGUUUGAGGCUAGAAAACAAAAGCAGAGAAAAACUGAGACAUGAUUGUCUAGCCAAUGUCCUGUGCAAUUUAUGAUGUCAAUCGUGUGUCUAAAAGUGUUAAAAAUGGUAUUUUUAAUAGUCGGAAUAGUACUAAAAAGCAGAAUAGCGAAAUUGGUCGACAGGUACGUAGACAAACAUUGGUAUGCACUACAGUAUACGCCAAUAUCAAAGCUUUUAAAUGAAGUAUACCGGUAGGUUGCUAUGGUAACACACUUUAGUAAGUUUGCUGAAUCACAGAUCAAUUUAUAACUUGUUUUUACCCUGUUGCUACCUUAAGUCCUGGCACUCAAUCAUUUGAUAAAUACUCUUUUGAAAGUGAAAGGUUAAAAUGCGUGUAUGGUGUUUAAAUCAAAAAAUAUUGUUCAUACAACUACAUCUACAAUAAUUGAAAUAUUCUGGUUGUUUCCUUCCGUCAGUGUUAGCUAAAUCCUCCAGAAUGUGAACAUUUUGUAUUUUUUUAGAGGAACUGCAUGUGUUGCUUUUUUUUAUUGGUGCUAGCUUCAGCUUGUAAUGUAAUUUCGAAAUACUGUGCUCUUGAAGGAUACAAUUAAAUAUGUCUGAAUUAAGAAAAAAGACAAAUUUAA